UCUAUAGUGAUGCCUUCAGAUAAAGCCGCAGCUUUACCAUUUCCUACUUUUUAUCAGUAUGUUGUGUAGUGUGAAGAAUAUUAAGUGGCAUUUGAAACACCUUUUUUAACAAGUCCCCAUAGGACCUGCAAAGAAAUAGGAGUCACAAAGUGGCUAAAAAUAUUUUAUUUAAUUUUGUGCUCAAAGGAGAGAGGCAUCCCAGCUGCAGUCUGAAGUGAAGAUAAGGAAGUAAGAAAAUAAACUUCGCCUUGCUCGUAGAUAAGCUUCUAGGCAUAGGCACACAAUACGUCCUCCCCUUGUCUCCACAUUUACAGUAUUUUACUGCUUUAAAACUAUCUGAUGUGGUAAUAUGAUUUAAACAAACUAACCCUCUGAACUGAAUAUGCACUAGUAAUCACAAUAUCCUCUGAGAUAUUGAAGGCCUAAUUCUUAAAGCUAACCAUACAUAUAUAAAAACCUCAGGGGUCUCAAGCUCUGGAAUUAAAGCAGCAGUUAGUGUAGUUCCUUUCCAUGUCAGCUGAUAUUGUUGUGAACAUGCUUUUUUGCCUUCAAAUUGUAUUAUCUGCGAUUUUUUUAUUGCUUUGGGAGACAAGACAUCAUCAAAAACUUUGUUGACCAGUACGGGUAUCGAACCCGCGACCUUCGCGUUAUUAGCACGACGCUCUAACCAACUGAGCUAACCGGUCACGAUCACACUACCUCAAAGUAACGUAUAUAAUCCCAGCAUAAUAUGACACUAUCGAAAGUAGAAACGCUAAGAAAAGACAACGGAAAGUGAAAGUAAUUUAGGUUAAAGACUACUCACCCACGAUAAGAGCCUUUGGUCUUGAAGAGCAUCCCUUGUUAAAUAAAGAUGUCGCUGCGAUUCUUUGGCUGGGAGGUGACCUACGAUGAUGAAUCUCCUCGUUUGGAGCUGGGGGCUUCUCAGCAGCCCCAAGACAAAGGCAUCUACAAAAUGUACCAUGGCACCAGCGUCGCCAACGCACGGCUCAUCAUUACCAAUGGCUUUCAGCAGUCAUCAGGUGGCAUGUUGGGCAAGGGCGUGUAUGUCAGUCGAGAUCAGAAAAAGGCGGAACGUUAUCCUUUAAAUAACAACCAUUCAGACAAAGUGGCCCUUGAGUUACGUGUGCGUUUGGGUCGUGUCAAGCGCAUUGACACAGACAACCAUCCCAUGCAGUACACCUGGAGCACGCAGGGCUACGAUACCGCUUGGGUGCCUCCGAACUGUGGCAUGAAAGCAGUGCCCAGUGGCCUAGAGGAGGACUGUGUGUCCGACCCCCAAAGAGUGAAGGUGGUAGGCAUCGCAAAGGCUCCAAACACCGUGCUGGCAGAGCUUCAGAAGCUAGUGGCUGAUAGUCUAACAAAUCCCAGCGCAAGAGAUGAUGGUGCUCCGGAUGCCUGUUCACUUUGUAAGAGAAAGACCCAGCAGGGCUCUCCACACAUCAAGCAACCGUGUUGGGGCUGUGGGCAAAACAUCUGCACGCUCAUGACCAAGCAUGUCUGCUCAGCUAGCAACUGAGAGGGUGAAACAAGUAGAUCCACGUCCAAAAUGGCCUUGUAAUGUGGUGGAGAGAAAACCAUAUUUAGAAAAACUAAGAGUAAAAUUCAAAGCUCAGGGUGUGACCAUACUUUUCAAACAUGAGUCAACGUUUCUACUUUCCUUCCCCCAUGUUCAAACCUUUUUCACUUCCUCAAACGAACAUCUGUAACUUGCUACAGUAGCUACUUUGUGUUCAUACUGAAGUUCAAUAUGAUCUAUUUUGAAAUGUAUUCUUGACAAAUCGGUAAGCAUAACAAUUAUAUGCAAUCAAGACGAGACAAUCGUUUAGUUCAAGCAAGAUGCCUUUAUUUCAAUCUGAACAUGGACAUCAGUUACUUAAAGUGAAUUUCAUUUUGAAGUAAUAUGCGAUAAAGAUCAUGAUUUUUGCUGAAUGUAUUUGAUAUCCUGAAUGCUGUAUAAUGUUAAACCAAAGAACCAUGUAAAGACAAUAAACAUUGUGAUAUCUGA